AAUUCCACUGCCAAAAUGUCUUCUGCGUGGUUUCGUAUGGACCAAUUGCUCAAAUGUGGGAUCUGUUCGGAACGAUUUCGAAAUCCGAGACUUCUACCCUGCAACCACACCUUUUGUGGCGAGCCAUGCCUCGAGAGACUGGCGGGAAGUCGACAGAACAUCAAGUGUCCAGAAUGCUCAGCAGAGCACAGGGUACCUGGACAAGGAGUUCAAGGAUUUCCUAACAACGUCACUUUAGGAAGGUUCCUGGAGUUGCGACAACAAGUAUCGGGCCAUGAGCCGGAGUUACCCGCCUCCAUGCAGCGCUGCAACGCUUGUGGCGAAAAGGGGCGCUUGGAAUACUGCGCCCACUGCAAGCGGAAGAUAUGCCCCGAGUGCAGAAAAGCGCACGUCAACAUUCUGCGCAAGGAGGUGGCCCUCAUCAACGCACAAUGCAGGGAAGGUCUCGGACAACUGUGUCGUGCGCUGCACGACGCCGAAGAUAACGCCGAGAAAUUGCAGAAGAAUUAUGUUCAGGUCAGAGAUGAGAUCGAGGAAGUAGUGCGUCGAUAUACGCAUGAUCUUCUUGGAGCUGAAUCCAGACUCAAGCAGCGCCUUGACGCCUAUCUCCAAGCGGAGUUGAAGAGCAUGCGCAGACUUGAGCACGACUUACAGAUUGAAUUGGGCAACGUACACAGCAACUGUGAUCUCGUCGAGAAGUUUGUAAAUAAUGGUGUGGACUGGACAGACGCGGAGCUCACCGACUACAAAGAGAUCUUCCAGAAGACAUUGGAUUUCUUGCGAGCUUUCGACUCCGAUCCGACCAGCGACUGCGUCCGGAAAGUCCGGUUCCGGCCGCGCGAGGAUCCGGAUCUUCUGCACAAAACGUUGCUGGAUUUCGCCGAAGUCCGGCUCACUCAAGAAGAGGAAAGUGAACAGCGAAGCAACUCUGGCGAUGUGAUCUCGAUGAAUGGAGGACCGACCCUAACUCUGACUCCGCCUCAGAAUAGCCUGUUCAGGAGCCAGAGCGAUCAUAAACUCGGACCACAUCGGAAUUCUCAAAAGCGGACGAACGACAGAUCGGAGGAAGCCGAACCCCUUUCUCGGAGGCUGCGGGACAGAUUUGGUACAAGGGACAGUUGCGAAAGAGGAAGUGAUCGCGAGCAUUCACCAUCUUGGAGGAAUUCCGGUAAAAAUGGUCGUGAUCAUGACCGCAGAGAAGGUGCCUCAGACGAUCAAGAAGCUUCUACCUUGGAGGAUGGCUCCGUCAAUUGUCAACCUGACCACGUGACCGAGACAGAAGAUGCUACACGAGGUCCACUGUCGGGGGUUAUAAGAAUUCUUGACAGUCCUCAUGUAAUGGAAAGGCUACAUAAUAGUGAGGUGAAACAAAAAAAGCAGCGUGAGGAAGAGGAACGCAAAGCAAACCUACCCCCUCCAGCGCCACCACCUGUUCCCCGACCAAUGACGAGGCAGUUGAGCGAGGAUGAGAUCGAGAAGCAAAAGAAAGAAAACAAAGCAGCAGCAGCAGCGGCAAGCAGUGCUGCUAGCAAUAAGGCACCAGAAGCUCGGAGUCCCAAAACGACGUAUGGCACCAAAGACGAGGACACUUCUCGGAGCUACACACCAAAAUAUUCCACACCUCCUAUAAGAAAUUCUACAGAAGAGAGGAGAGGACAACAAAGGGAGGAGACGUCUUCGCCAAGGUUGAGAAAUUGGCGAACAGGUAAUUUGGCGACGGAAAGAGAAGUCUCUGUCAGUCCCCCAGGAUCCCCAACACGCGGCAGAGACAAGCCUCCCGUCUCACCUAGGGGAAGAGAUUUACCAUCAAGGCCACCGAAUCGACCAUUUCUAACUAAAUCGUCAUCUCUGGAACACGACGAGCCAGAACGUCGAACAACGACCACUUCAACCCUAGCUUCUAAACGGAACGAGGAACGACCGCGCCUAAGGUUGAACAUCCCUCCGCGAGCUGCAACUCCACCCAGCAGUUCGAGCAGCAGCAGCAGCAGCAGCGAGAGUGACGGCGAAGCUGCUGAACACGAAGCUGCCAGAAAAGGAGACAUCAGUCCGUCGGUCAACACCCUCCUUGCCAGGAGUGCCCAGGCUCGCAAGCAGAGCGCAUCCACUCAAGCGAGGAUCUUGGGACAAGACAACAAAGAAAGGAGGAGCUGGAGAGAUGCUAUACGAAAGGAGGAGGAACCAGUAGUGUCUUCAAGGAGAAAGACAUCCGCUGCGAUUGAGCCAGAAGCACGAAAUUCGAAAUACUCCAGCAUACUGGACAGAACACGUCGAUCCAGCAUAACUUCGCCAACUACUGGUGGAAGUCGAACAGCAGCAAGGGAUUUAAGCCCCGAGGACAGCUAUACAGCCAGAAGGAAUCGUAUUGCUCGAAGCAAGAGUUCACACGAUCUCUACCCCGCUGAGGAUGACAACGAAGAGGACACGUUGAGUGCAAUCAGAAACCGUUACCGCACUCGAAGGACACAAGACAAAAGUCCAGAAGAGCCUCCAGUUCCUCACAGUUGGUCUCAGUACUUGAAAAACAAAUAUGGCGCUGGCGGAAGGGCGGCAACUACAGGAAGUGGACUCGUGCGCUCCAUGACUUCCGCUUCCCUGGCAGCCCCCAGAAGCGGAACUGACAGUUCGGAUGACGACCAUCCCCCGAGAAGGCGGGAUUAUGGGAGGAAUCGAGGGGACAGCAGCUCCCCGAGAGGCUUCAGCAUGCCAAGGAGAACUUACAUGCAGAAGGGAAAGACCUCCCUUAAAUUUGGCUCGAGGGGGACUGAGAAUGGACACUUCACGUGGCCUCGAGGAGUUUGCGUCGGGCCCGACAACACAAUUGUUGUUGCUGAUAGCAACAAUCACAGAGUUCAGGUAUUCAGCGGCAAUGGCAAAUUCCUCCACUCUUUCGGCAGUUAUGGGACGGGUGAAGGAGAGUUCGAUUCCCCCGCUGCGGUCACCUGCAACCGAAUCGGUCAGUAUGUCGUGUCCGAUCGCUACAACCACCGACUUCAGGUGUUCGAUUCCACAGGAAGAUUCGUCAGGGCGUUCGGAGGGGAAGGUCGCGCAGACGGGAAAUUCAGCUAUCCCUGGGGAGUGGCCACCGACAAUCUGGGAUUCGUGUAUGUCUGUGAUAAAGAUAAUCACAGAAUACAGGUGUUCCAGGGCGACGGCACGUUCGUGACCAAGUUCGGUGGAGGUCCGGGUCACCGACCCGGGGAGCUCCACCACCCCCACUACGUGGCCGUGAGCACGACGAGCCGCGUGGUGGUGAGCGACGCAGACAACCACCGCGUCCAGGCCUUCGACGUCAACGGCCGCCUGCUCAGCACGUUCGGGACCGAGGGCGGGGAGGAGUCACAGUUCAAGUACCCGAGGGGCGUGGCAGUGGACGAGCAGGGAUACCUCGUCGUCGGGGACAGCGGGAACAACCGGAUAUAUAAAAUGUAUUUAUGAAGUCCUUAUUUUUUGUCUGAACUUUUCUAACAGAUGUUGUCGCUUAUAAAAACUGCAAUAAAACUUGCAAUAUUAAUGGGUAAAUUAUUCUACUCAAAUAAUAUUGGUUUUUAUAGUUCA